CUCUUUAAUUUUGGAAGUCAUAAUAAGUUACAAGUUCUUAUUAUGAAUGAGGCAAUGAAAGACUGUGAUUUCUUUAAUAAAAUUAUUUCCGGCGAAUAUCCCAACUUAGAAAUUUUGUCUCUCCGUGAAAAUUGUUUGUAUGGUUUGCAGGCUUUGCGGUUUGAUCCAUUUCCUAAAUUAAAGAUUUUGGAUCUCUCCGGAAACAGCAUAUCACGAUCCAAUUUUGUAAACUUCCUACCGGAUAGCUUAUACUAUCUUGAUCUUCACGAUAAUUCCCUUAGUUCUUUGGAUUUAAGCAACAGAACCAACAAAUUGUACGCAUUGAACUUAAAUAACAAUAGUUUGAAGUCCAUUAAAAAGUGGAGUAAUGGGUAUAACAGUCUAUCAGUGAUUGGUUUGAAAGAUCUACAGUUUCUUUCGGUUUCCGAAAACGAGAUUAAUAAUAUCGAAUUAGAUGCAUUUCAAGAUAAUAACGAACUACUCUACUUGAAUUUAUCCACAAAUCACAUAAAUGAUUUACGUCCAAACACAUUUACAAAUUUGCAGUAUUUAAAAACGCUCGAUUUAAGUAACAACAGACUUGAAGGAGUUCCGCAAAUGUUAAAUCAAAUUAAAAUAAAUGCUUUAUAUAUUAAUCAAAAUAAAAUUAAAAAAAUAAUCUCAAACAAUUUUGUGCAAAUGCCGAAAUUGACAAAAUUGUUAAUGGGAAAGAAUCAAAUUGAUGAGAUCGAUGUUGAUGCAUUUGCUUAUCUUUCUAUCUUAGAAGAAUUAGAUCUGUCGACGAAUAUGUUAAGUUCUCUGCCGGAAAGAUGGGCAGAAUCCCUUGUAUCUCUAAAAUAUUUGGAUUUGAGUAAUAACAAAUUUACUUCAUUGGAGUCUUUGUCGCUAACCAGUGCGUUGCCAAUAAUAGAAAUAUAUAUAAUGAUGAAUCCAAUAAAAUAUCUGAAUGUAAAAUAUUUUGAAAAUUUACCGCAGAAUCUUACCAUCCACUUAAUAAACUAGUCAGUUUAUAAAUGUUUUGGAUGAUAUGAGCAACGAAUGAAAAUGAAUUCUGAAUGAUUAAAAUUUUAAUUCUGUAUA